AGUCCAUCACGACGCGAAUAUUUUUCAGGGCAAAAAAAGUCGGCUGUUUAUCGUCCGCUGCGAUGCGACAGCGAUCAACUAGUGGUGGGUUGCUUAAUUUAAUAUGAAAUGGUUCCAAUUUUCGAUAGACGAGAUAUAUUUAGCCGAAUAAAAAGGCCUUAAUCUCUGGGGUUUGGAUAUUUCGCAAGGGUUUGGAUAUUUCGCUCUGUGGAUGCUGUGAGGUGAAACCCAGAAGGAAAUUUGUUUGAGAUUUCGAGAUUUAUCAAUGGCGUCCAGAAGGCAGUUGCAAUGUUUGAUCAGCUUGGUUUGCAGGGGAAGGAGGCCAUUCUCUUCUUUUCCUGCUUCUGAGAAGCUCAUCGAUAUGGAGAAAGAAAAUAGUGCACAUAACUACCACCCGAUUCCAGUUGUAUUCUCGGAAGCAAAGGGGUCAUCGAUAUGGGACCCAGAGGGUAAGAGAUAUCUGGAUUUUCUAUCAGCUUAUUCUGCUGUCAACCAGGGACAUUGUCAUCCAAAGAUUGUCAAGGCAUUCCAAGAACAAGCAGAGAAACUCACUCUUAGCUCUCGAGCUUUCUAUAAUGAUAAGUUUCCCCUGUUUGCUGAGUACUUAACACAAAUUUUUGGCUAUGAUAUGGUGCUUCCAAUGAACACUGGUGCUGAAGGAGUGGAAACUGCUUUGAAGUUGGCAAGGAAAUGGGGUUACAAGAAGAAGAAAAUCCCCAAAGAUGAGGCUAUUAUUGUUUCAUGUUGUGGUUGCUUUCACGGUCGGACAUUGGCUGUUAUUUCCAUGAGCUGCGACAACGAAGCGACGCGAGAAUUUGGGCCCUUGUUGCCUGGACAUCUUAAAGUUGAUUUUGGUGAUGCAGUUGCCCUUGAGAAAACAUUUAAAGAGCAUGGGGACCGAAUAGCUGGAUUUUUGUUCGAGCCCAUUCAAGGAGAGGCAGGGGUUAUUAUUCCCCCUGAUGGUUACAUGAAAGCUGUGCGAGAUCUUUGCUCGAAGUAUAAUGUCUUAAUGAUUGCUGACGAAAUACAAUCUGGCUUAGCGAGGUCGGGAAAAUUGUUGGCUUGCGAUUGGGAGAAUGUCAGACCAGAUUUAGUGAUACUGGGAAAAGCAUUGGGCGGUGGAGUAAUACCUGUAAGUGCUGUUCUUGCUGACAAAGAUGUAAUGCUUUGUAUCCAACCUGGAGAGCAUGGGAGCACUUUUGGGGGAAAUCCACUGGCAAGUGCUGUUGCUAUUGCCUCACUUGAAGUGAUCAAAGAUGAGAAACUUGCUGAAAGAUCAGCAAAAUUAGGAGAGGAGAUCAGAAAUCAGCUCGUCGAAGUUCAGGAACGUUUCCCACAAUACAUCAAGCAUGUUCGAGGAAGAGGUUUAUUCAAUGCCGUGGAGCUCAAAAGCAAAGCUUUAUCUCCUGUUUCGGCGUAUGAUAUUUGCAUGAAGUUGAAGGAAAGGGGAGUUCUUGCUAAACCGACGCACGAUACUAUAAUUCGGUUAACGCCUCCACUCUCGAUAAGUUUGGAUGAGGUGAAAGAAGGCACGAAGGCACUCCAUGAUGUCCUGGAAAUUGAUCUUCCAAAGCUGAUGAAGGAAAAGCCACACAAUGCUUCCCCAAGUGAUUCUAACAUAUGUGAUCGCUGCGGAAGAAACCUAUCUGCCUCUACGGAUUAGGAUCUCUCCACUUCUUGUACUGUAGACUGCUUGAUCUUCUAAUCUAUUUGAGAUGAUGUUCGUUCAGUGCAUGACUAGAAGAAUGCUGUCUGUUAUCAUCUGUUCUUGGGUUGGGCCCAGAUUCUAAUGAUGGCUAGUUCAGAGUUCAUUUUGGUUCUUAAACUUUCAAGUUUGUUCGGUUUUGAUCCU